CCUACUUAAUUUUCUGUCAUUGUUGCAAAACCACCUGAUGUUGGCAUUGCGGCUCCCUUAAACAGCAGCCGUGCCUUCAGUGUUCUGAAUACUGAACCAGACGCAACCAUCGUCGGCACUUAAAUAGAACGCUUUCAUUUUGCUCGAUUUGGGUGCAAAUUGAUUCUGCUCAGCGCAACAUUGAGGAAAAGAGCUAAGUUCAGCGACUAGGUUUUUCCUCCGUAGUGCCAUUUCCAUUUCUUCUUUGCACCAUGGCUAGAAACGUGGUUUCCGACGGAGAAGACGAGGCAGAGUUCGAAGAUGAGGAACCGGAACCUGAGGGAGACGCUGUCGAGGGCGGUGAUGAAGAAGAGGAAGAAGAAGAAGACGAAGAGGGGCAGGAUGAAUAUGAAAAUGAUGGAUUUAUAGUAGAUGAUUUUGAGGAUGAUGAGCAAGAAGAAGAAGAAGAAGAGAGGGAAGAUAGUGAUGGGGAAAGGCAAAAGAAGAAGAAGAGAAGGAAGAAAAGGGAAGAAGAGAGGCUUGAUGAAGAGGAUUAUGAGCUUCUUCGUGAAAAUGAUGUUAAUGUCACUCUAACCAAGGGGAGCAAAAAAUUUAAGCGGUUAAAAAAGGCUCAGAGGGACUCUGAUGAGCGGUUUGGGCCUUCUGAUGAGGAGUUUGAUGGAAGUGGAAAGAUUGGAAGAACUGCUGAGGAGAAGGUUAAACGCAGCUUAUUUGGUGAUGAUGAAGGAGCACCGCUUGAAGACAUUGCUGAAGAGGAAGAGCAUAUUGAAGAAGAGUAUGCAGAUAUUGGUGAUGAGGAUGAAAUGGCAGACUUUAUUGUAGAUGAAGAAGAAGUGGAUGAGCAUGGAGAUCCUGUGAGACGGAAGAAGUUGAAGAGAAAGAAAUCCAGGCAGGCACCAGGAGUUUCAUCAUCUGCUCUACAGGAAGCACAUGAAAUAUUUGGUGAUGUUGAUGAACUCCUGCUGCUUCGCAAGCAAGGCUUAGAUUCUGCUGAAUGGAGGGAAAGUAGACUUGAAGAUGAAUUUGAACCUGCUGUUCUUUCUGAAAAGUACAUGACUGAAAAGGACGAUCAGAUUCGGAUGGCUGAUAUUCCAGAAAGAAUGCACAUGGUUGAAGAAAGCACCUGGAUAUAUAAUCAACUUUUGGGUGGUGCAGUACCGUUAUUUGGUAAUGAAGUGAAGAAUAUAAACGGGAGUGACUUGGCUGGUAAAAUAAAAAUAAACAGGGAUGAUAUCUUGAAAUUUUUGGAGCUAUCACACCUGCAGAAGUUAGAUGUCCCCUUUAUUACUAUGUACCGCAAGGAAGAAUGUCCAAGUCUACUUAAAGAUCUUGACCAAGAGGAAGAACAUGGUAAUCAGGAUAAAUCCAAGACACCUAAGAUAAGGUGGCACAAGGUUAUUGGACUGGUACUUUGGGCAGUUCGGGACCUGGACAGAAAAUGGUUGCUCCUUCAGAAGCGAAAGAUUGCCCUUCAUUCAUACUAUAACAACCGAUUUGAAGAGGAAUCUAGGCGGAUAUAUGAUGAAACAAGACUUAACUUAAAUCAAAAACAUUUUGAGUUCAUUCUUAAAGCUCUCAAGGCUGCUGAAUCUGAAAGAGAAGUUGAUGAUGUUGAUGCUAAGUUUAACUUGCAUUUCCCCCCUGGCGAGGUCGGUGUGGAUGAGGGGCAGUAUAAGAGGCCCAAGAGGAGAUCACAAUAUGGUAUCUGCUUCAAAGCUGGUUUGUGGGAGGUUGCAAACAAGUUUGGUUAUAGUGCUGAGCAACUUGGUUCAAAGUUAAUGUUGGAAGAGAUGGGUGGUGAUGAAUUGGAGGAUGCUAAGGAGACACCAGAGGAGAUGGGUUCAAACUUCACAUGUGCAAUGUUCGAAACUCCUCAAGAUGUCCUUAAAGGAGCCAGGCAUAUGGCUGUGGUUGAGAUUAGUUGUGAGCCAUCCAUCAAAAAAUAUGUUCGCUCUUUGUAUAUGGAGAACACUGUAGUGUCAACCAGUCCGACUGCUGAUGGAAAUGCAGCAAUAGAUUCUUUCCACCAGUUUGCAGCUGUAAAAUGGUUGCAUGAGAAGCCACUGAGUGAAUUUGGGGAUGCACAAUGGCUCCUUAUCCAAAAGGCUGAAGAGGAGAAGCUCCUUCAAGUUCACUUUAAGCUGCCAGAAGGGCAUUUAUCUAAAUUGAUAAAUGAGUGUGAUGUUCAUUACCUUAGUGAUGGUGUUAGUAAAUCUGCUCAGCUGUGGAAUGAGCAGAGGAAGUUGAUACUGCAGGAUGCACUUUUUGGUUUUCUUUUGCCAUCGAUGGAGAAAGAAGCAAGAUCCUUGUUGGCAAGUAGAGCCAAGAACUGGUUACUUCUGGAAUUUGGAAAGGCUUUGUGGAGUAAAGUUUCAGUGGGGCCGUAUCAAAGGAAGGAGAAUGAUAUUAAUUCUGAUGAGGAAGCUGCACCACGUGUAUUGGCCUGCUGUUGGGGCCCUGGAAAUCCAGCAACUACAUUUGUGAUGUUGGAUUCAUCGGGGGAGGUUCUUGAUGUGCUUUACACUGCAUCCCUUAUUUUACGUUCUCAAAAUGUUAAUGAUCAGCAACGUAAGAAAAAUGACCAGCAACGUGUUUUGAAAUUCAUAAAUGAUCACCAACCUCAUGUUGUUGUUCUUGGUGCUGUGAACUUGUCCUGUACAAAGCUGAAGGAUGAUAUUUAUGAGAUCAUAUUUAAGAUGGUGGAGGAAAAUCCUAGAGAUGUCGGGCAUGAGAUGGAUGAUCUAAGUAUUGUGUAUGGGGAUGAAUCUCUGCCCCAUCUAUAUGAAAAUUCUCGGAUUUCAUCAGAUCAACUGCCUGGGCAGUCAGGCAUCGUUAAACGGGCAGUAGCCCUUGGGCGAUAUCUUCAAAAUCCAUUGGCAAUGGUUGCAACAUUGUGUGGACCUGGAAAGGAGGUUUUAUCUUGGAAGCUUAGUCCUUUAGAGAACUUUCUAACACCAGAUGAGAAGUAUGGAAUGAUUGAACAAGUUUUGAUUGAUACAAUAAACCAGGUGGGACUUGACAUUAAUUUGGCCAUAAGUCAUGAAUGGUUAUUUGCUCCUUUGCAAUUUAUUUCUGGGCUCGGUCCCAGAAAAGCAGCAUUUUUGCAGAGAUCCCUGGUAAGAGCAGGAACAAUUUUCACCCGAAAGGACUUUUUGCAAGCCCAUGGACUUGGUAAAAAAGUGUUUGUCAAUGCAGUUGGCUUUCUGCGGGUCUGUCGCAGUGGGCUGGCUGCGAGCAGCAGCCAGUUCAUUGAUUUGCUGGAUGAUACAAGAAUACAUCCAGAAUCUUAUGUUCUUGCACAAGAGUUAGCAAAAUUUGUAUUUGAUCGUGAUGUUGAUGGUGAUACAAAUGAUGAUGAUGAUGCGUUAGAGAUAGCAAUAGAGCAUGUUAGAGAUAGGCCUAAUCUGCUGAGAACUUUUGCUAUUGAUAUGUAUAUUGAUGAAUAUAUUAAAAAGGAGAAACACGAUAAACAAGAAAAAAGGGACAAACGCGAAAAUAAGAGGGAGACUUUUUAUGAUAUAAGAAGGGAAUUGAUGCAGGGUUUUCAGGAUUGGCGUAAACAGUAUAAAGAACCAAGUCAAGAUGAGGAGUUCUAUAUGAUCUCAGGUGAAUCAGAGGAUUCACUCGCUGAAGGCCGAAUUGUGCAAGCCACCGUACGAAGAGUGCCAGGUGGAAAAGCUUUCUGUGCACUUGAAUCUGGACUGACUGGGGUGCUUAUGAAAGAAGACUACUCUGAUGAUUGGAGGGAUAUUGUUGAGUUGACUGAUAGGUUGCAUGAAGGUGACAUUCUGACCUGCAAGAUUAAAUCAAUUGAAAAGAACAGGUAUCAAGUUUUCCUGGUUUGUAAAGAGAGUGAAAUGGGAAACAACCGAUAUCAGAACACUCAAAAUGUUGAUCCAUACUACCAUGAAGACCGAAGUGCUCUAGAGAAUCAGCAGGAGAAAGCUCGCAAUGAAGAUUUGGUAAAGAAGCAUUUUAAGCCGAGGAUGAUAGUCCAUCCCCACUUCCAAAAUAUUACUGCUGAUGAAGCCAUGAAGUAUUUGUCUGACAAGGAACCUGGAGAAAGUAUUUUCCGUCCCAGUCUACGUGGACCUUCUUAUUUGACUUUGACUCUUAAAAUUCAUGAUGAAGUUUUUGCUAACAAAGAUAUUAUUGAGGGUGGGAAGGAGCAUAAGGAUAUAACCAGCCUACUUCGUAUUGGAAAGACAUUAACAAUUGGGGAAGACACUUUUGAGGAUCUGGAUGAGGUAAUGGAUAGAUAUGUUGAUCCCUUAGUGGCUCACCUGAAGGCAAUGCUUAGUUAUCGCAAGUUUAGAAUGGGAACUAAAGCAGAAGUUGAUGAGUUCCUAAGAAUUGAAAAAUCAGAGUUUCCAAUGAGGAUAGUUUAUUGUUUUGGCAUUUCUCAUGAACAUCCAGGCACAUUCAUUCUGACCUACAUACGGAGUACAAAUCCUCACCACGAGUAUGUUGGCCUUUAUCCCAAGGGAUUCAAGUUCAGGAAAAGGAUGUUUGAGGACAUCGAUCGUCUUGUUGCAUACUUCCAGAGGCAUAUUGAUGAUCCCCAGCAUGAGUUAGCACCAUCGAUCAGAUCUGUUGCAGCAAUGGUACCAAUGCGAAGCCCUGCAACUGGAGGCUCCUCAGGUAGUGGCUGGGGUGGUUCAAGCAGUGAGGGUGGGAGGAGAGGUCGAUCUUUUGACAGGGAUCAAUCUUCUACACCAGUAUCAAGAACAGGCAGGGCUGAUUAUAGAAAUAACAGUAACAGGAAUGGGCAACCAAGUGGGAUACCGCGGCCAUAUGGUGGGCGUGGUGGUGGUCGAGGCUCGUAUAACAGCAACAGAGGAAAUAACGAAGCAGAGGGAAGUUCCUGGGGUUGGUGAAUCCUUGGAACCCCCUAACAGUAGCCCUAUAUGGCUUUCGCUGAAGAAUCAAUGUUUUCCCCACAAAUUUAAUUAAUAAAUCUGUGUAAAUAUCUGCUUCUGAUAGCAUUAGGAUUUAUGAGAAACUUGCCAUGGGCAUCCCCAAUUGCAUCACCCAGUUCUCAAGGCAGCGUUUCUGCAUUUAGAGGGCUGGGAUGGAUGGGAUUAUAAGUCAAUUUUCCUCCUUUCCCCACUUCUAUUUUAGUAUGUUGACGUUCGAAUCCAUCCCCAAUUGAUCUAUCGACAACCGAAAUUCUACACACGAUUCCGACAGGAGUAAAGGACUCGAUUUUGCUUAUGUUGAUAAGAUUUUAAAAGUGUUGUAUAAUCUGAUUUAAACCAUGUAAUUUUAAUAACUAGAUGAGGUGGAU